UUAAGUUGUGAUGUGUUAAAAUUAUAAAAAAAUCGACAGCUCAAAGCUCAAGUUUUGCAAAUAAUAUUAAUUAUGGCUUAGCUUGCCCUGGUAUUCCCUUGGCACAUGCAUUCAAAGUUCUUGCACCGCCCCUGGACUGUAACCAAACACAAAUUCCCAAAUACUACAAAUAUUCAGCUUGCCACACAGGACUUUACAUCAGGUGAGGAGAAGCUCUUCAGCAUUACCAAGAACACAGUUUUUGUAUGAAAUCAAAACAUAUUAUAAAACCAUCUAAAAAUAAGGACAUUAUCUAUUCAUAUGACAACAUUUCUUGUUCUUUUUUUCUCUUUGGUUUAUUUCAAAUUUUCUUUGUGUUUUCUAUUCUUCUGUCUAUUUCAACAGAUAACAGCAUUUAGGUCUCAAACAUAAGUCAUAAAAUGGGAGGAGAACUUUACAGUCAUUUAGAGGAGAGAAUUCGUCCAUUCAUUGAUCUUAUUGACAAUUUGCGGAAAAUUGGCAUUCAAAAGGACAUCUCACUACCGACUAUUGUAGUGAUCGGAGAUCAGAGUUCUGGAAAAAGUUCUGUGGUUGAAGCGUUGUCUGGUGUUGCAUUACCAAGAGGAACUGGGAUCGUAACCAGAUGUCCACUAGAGCUGAAGUUAAGAAAGGUAACAGGUGCAGACUGGACGGCAAAUAUAUCUUACAGACAGAAGAUAACUGAAACAGUGAACUCAUCAGUUGGAAUUUCUAUUUUUGGAUCCAGACAGGAGCAACGUAUAUCUUACAGACCGAAGACAAUUAGAUUUGAGGAUCAUUCAUUAGUUGAAAGAUACGUUCAGGAAGCACAGAAUGAAGUGGCGGGAGACGCAGCAGAAAUCUCAGAUCAACUCAUUACUUUAGAGAUCAGGGCACCUGAUGUCUGGGACCUCACGCUGAUCGAUUUACCUGGAAUUGCCAGAGUACCAGUAAGAGGACAACCAAAGGAUAUUGGGAACCAGAUCAAAACUCUGAUUAUGAAAUUUAUUGAGAAGCCCGAGACUAUAAACAUGGUAGUGGUCCCAUGCAACAUUGACAUUGCAACAAAUGAAGCAUUAAAAAUGGCACAGGAAGUAGAUCCUGAGGGCACAAGGACUGUAGCUGUUUUGACCAAGCCGGACCUCAUAGAUGUGGGAACAGAAAAAAACAUUCUGGCUAUUGCCCAGAACAAAGUUAUUCAGCUGCGCAAAGGUUACAUCAUGGUGAAGUGUAGGGGUCAACAACAGAUUGAUAAAAAAAUUCCUCUGGAGGAGGCUUUACAGAUGGAAAAAGAUUUCUUCAAGAAACAUAAGCAUUUCAGAUGUCUUCUGACUGAGAAGAAAGCUACUAUUCCAUGCCUUGCCACCGAUCUCACCGACCAUCUUGUUGAUCAUAUCAAAAAAGCACUGCCACAGCUUGAUGCUCAAAUAAAACAGCACUCAUCAGAAGUGAGAAAGGAGCUGAAGGAGAUUGAGGGAGGACCACCACAAGACCCUCAGGGGGCUAAAGAAUACCUCAUUAAGACUUUAUUAUUAUUCAAUGAUAAAAUAAAGUCCCUGUCAUUAGGGGAGCUGAUCGUUGGUGGUAAUUUGUUUACUCAGCUCCGGAAAGAAUACGAGAAGUGGAAUGAUCAUCUAAACAGCACAAUGUCAUCCUUUAACCAUCCGACUGCAAAGGUAAAAGAACAAAUCGUACAGAAUAGAGGACGGGAACUUGCUGGCUUCAGCAGCUACAGGGUUUUUGAGAUGUUUCUGCAGGAACACGUGGCCCAACUUAAGGAUCCAGCCAUUGUUUUACUUAAUACCAUAAAAGACAUCAUCCUCAAGCAGUUCUUAUGCGUGUCUAAUGAGUUUUUCCAGCGAUACCCUGUUCUUCUAAAUAUUACUACGAAUAAAAUCGACCAAAUUCAGUCAAGUCAGCAAAGCAAAGCUGAGAAGAGGAUCAUGGAGCAAUUUGAAAUGGAAAAGAUGAUCAGUACCCAAGAUCAAAUUUACUACAAGACCUUAAAUGAGAAUGGCGAUGAGACAUUUUCAGAAGCUCAGUUACCGGUUUGUGAUAUAGCAAGCAAGUACACUGAUAUGCUGAAAGCUUAUUAUGAGAUUAUGGUGCAGCGCAUGGCUGACCAGGUGCCCAUGCUGACCCGCUAUUUCAUGUUGAAAGAGGCUGCUGAGCUCCUGUGUAAUGAUAUGCUGACUCUGUUGGAUAAGGACGAUAUGUGUGAGAUUCUGUCUGAAGAUACUGAUAUCGGUCGAAAGCGCAAAGAUUUACAGGAUCGCCUGAAUCGUUUGAACGCCGCUCAGGAAGAAAUUAGCAAAUUUAAUUAAGGGAUCUAUUUAUAAAAAUCCAUAUUAUAUUAUUUGAAUUUAUGUGUCACUUAUGUGACAACCCAAAGAUCAUGUUAAUCAUGUUGUUUGAUCUAUUUAAUGGCAUGCCUAGAUUUUGUCUGUAAUCUCUCACCUUUUGUUUGCUGGGUUACACAAAGAGAAGAUGUUGGGUUUUUAUAAUGGGUUUAGUUACAUGUCCAUUUAAACAUGCAUUAAAUGCUGUAGUUAGUCAUGCUAUGAAAUUAACCGAUAUAAUCUAAAUUAGAAAUUAUAUAUAGCAAAUCAUAAGUAAUUGUAGGCCUAUUUAACAAAAUUAACUGCAUGCAUAUUGUUUCUAACAAAACAAUAAACUCUUUUAAUUCUUGCAAAUAUGCAUCAUUAUGGCUAAUCUACCCUGUAUCCAUCUCAAGCUGCAUUUGACAAUAGUACAUAAAAACUUUGAUUACCUUCAUGUUGCUUAGUAAGAUACAAUACAUAAUAUGCAAGCUAUAUAACAGCUAUAUAGAAUAAAGGCAUGGAAAACGUUUUAAUUAAAUUGUUUCAUACUUGUUUGUUGCAGAUUUGGCAGAAAUAUGGUUUGGAAACCUUUUUGGAUAUGUUUACAUUGAGAUUUAGUCAUUUAGCAGACGCUUUUGUCCAAAGUGACUUACAAAUGAGGUAACAAUAGAAUUAGAGCAUUACAAGAACAGCAAUACAUAAGUGCACUAACUAGUCUCAUCAAGUCUAACACAGCAUACAUAGCCAAUGGCAAGGUAAAGAUAAAGAUAGAAAAAAAGACAAGAUCUUAGCAGGUGAGGUGUUGGCGGAAGAGAUGGGGUUUUAGCCAAUUCUUAAAGACUGCUACAGAUGAGCAAAUUAUUCCAAUGAUGAGGAACAGAACCAGAGAAGACAUAUAUAGUUUACCAUGGUAAAUCAUUGUACAUAAUGUACAGAACAUUCUGUGAACAUAUAACCUAAAUCUAUUCCCAAACUACACUACACUUAAAGCUAUUGGCUGCUGCACAUAUGGCCUAGUCUUUAAGUUUAGUUUACUUGAAGGAAAUGGUACUGAAAUUUGCAUUACAAAUGAACAUAUGCAAGGACCCAAAUUCGGGGCUGGUGUCUUAAGCACGGAGUAUAUUUUUUUUACAUUGUAUGCCCUACGGGAACGCACAGCCUUGCAAAGUAAACCUGUCCUCCAAACCAUACGAUUGUUUUGGUUUUUUGUCCUUGAAUUCCUCCAAAUAUAACCACCAGAUGCAUUUACUAAAUUAGCGCCUCUAACUGCAGCAGGUGAAACUUAAUGUAUUAGGGUAUGAAAUUAUAUAAAUAGGCAAACAUAAAUAGUUACAAAGAGAAACGACUGAUGAAUCAGUAAAGAUAUUUAAAUAACAAUGAAAUAAUUUCGGCAUGAAGCAGGUGUCAGAAAACGCAAGGUAGGAACAUGUCGCCCAACGCUCGCUUAAUAUCAAUAUCUUCAAUCAAACAUUUGAUCUUUAUUUAUAUAAAAUACCUGAUGUCCGUCUGUUUCUUGUGUUUACUUAAUCCUUUUGUAUUUAACAUAAAUUUAUUCAAUUAUUAUUACUAUAUGAGAUUAAAACUCUUUUCAAAUCACAUUCUAUAAAAUAGCGCUGUUUUUGGUACACAAACGGUUAACAGAUCUUGUUCUCUGCAAUAAAUCCCGCCUCUGUAACUUACAUCGCUAAUAUGAUUGGCUUUCCUUUCUUGAGUCCCGCCCCCCUAACCACGUUGCUUUAUGAUUGAUCUCGCUAAACGUGUGAUGCAGGUAUGACGUAAGCUCCAUUCACUUGAAACAAAGCGCCAAAUCGCAGUAUCAACAUAACGCGAUGUGCAUAAUUACGCAGGAAGGCUACCGGUAAGUUAGUGAGGAAGAAAACAUUCUUAUAUAAACAGUUUGAUGCACAAAAUACGGGAUACGUUGUGUCACA